CGUUGGUCUUCCGUUUCCCGGUCUGAGUGGGGCAGAGAAAGAAGGCGAGCGGGCGGCAUGAAGGGACGCGAGGCAGCACCGCGCCGAGCUCCCGGGUCUCUGUGGCCGAGGGGGGACGUGCAGUGAGCGGCGAGCAGACGGAGGGCCAGAUGGCGUUGGGCUGGUUCUUGAGCAUGGCUGGCGAAAAUGAGACCUUGGUAGGAGAGGGAGGUCAGUGGGAAGAGAUGACGGAGCCCAGCCCCUGAUACCUCCCUACCGUGCCACCUUGGGCAGAAGGUAAACUGAGGCACGCGGAGGCGGCACACUGGAAACCGAACUGAGAUCGCGCAUCUACCCGGCGCUUCUUCCCUCUUCCCGGAAUGAACCCCGAGGCUGUGCCCUAGGCUGUGCCAUUCCCGAGCAUCCCCGACAACCCUCCCCACGCCCCCAGCUCCGCCCCGGCUCCUCCCCCGGAGGGUCGGGAAGGCGACGCAGGUUCUGACGCGGGCGGCGACGGCUAGCAGUCACUGCCUCCUGCCAGUGCCCGAGCCCGGCCGGCAGCGCGGAGGCUGCGGUAGCGGUGGCCGCGGAGCUGGCCCUGUGGGGCCCCGGGGGGGAGGGGGUGCCGCGAAGCCCCGGCUGAAGCCGCCGCUGCCGGGCCUCCCUCCCCCCCGGAGGGCGCCAUGCGGGGGGGCCCGGGCGAAGCGGAGCGGCGGCAGCGCUGGGGUCGCCUCUUCGAGGAGCUGGACCGGAACAAGGACGGCCGCGUGGACGUGCAGGAGUUGCGCCAGGGGCUGGCCCGGCUGAGUGGGGGCGACCCGGACCGCGCCGCCCAACAGGGCCUCUCCCCAGAGGGUGGUGCUGACCCAGAUGGCGGGCUGGACCUUGAAGAGUUUACCCAAUACCUGCAGGAGCGGGAACAGCGCCUGCUGCUGCUUUUUCACAGUCUGGAUCGGAAUCAGGAUGGUCAGAUCGAUGUCUCUGAGAUCCAGCAGAGUUUCCGAGCUCUGGGCAUUUCUAUCUCUCUGGAGCAGGCACAGAAAAUUCUACACAGCAUGGACCGUGACGGCACUAUGACUAUCGACUGGCAGGAAUGGCGUGACCACUUCCUGUUGCAUUCAUUGGAGAAUAUGGAAGAUGUGCUCUACUUCUGGAAGCAUUCCACGGUCCUGGACAUUGGCGAGUGCCUGACUAUCCCUGAUGAGUUUUCAGAGCAGGAGAAGCUGACCGGCAUGUGGUGGAAGCAGCUGGUGGCCGGUGCAGUGGCGGGCGCCGUGUCACGGACAGGCACAGCCCCUCUGGACCGUCUCAAGGUCUUCAUGCAGGUCCAUUCCUCCAAGACCAACCAGCUGAACAUCCUUGGGGGCCUACGGAACAUGAUCAAAGAGGGGGGCGCGAGCUCUCUAUGGCGUGGCAACGGCAUCAAUGUGCUCAAGAUUGCACCUGAGUCAGCUAUCAAGUUCAUGGCCUAUGAGCAGUUCAAGCGGGCCAUUCGGGGACAGCAGGAGACACUGCAUGUGCAGGAGCGCUUUGUGGCUGGAUCCUUGGCUGGUGCUACAGCCCAAACCAUCAUUUACCCCAUGGAGGUACUAAAGACACGGUUGACCCUUCGCCGGACGGGCCAGUACAAGGGGCUAUUGGACUGUGCAUGGCGGAUCAUGGAGCGAGAAGGACCCCGUGCCUUCUACCAUGGCUACCUGCCCAACGUGCUGGGCAUCAUUCCCUACGCGGGCAUCGACCUGGCCGUCUACGAGACCCUGAAGAACCGGUGGCUCCAGCAAUAUAGCCAUGACUCGGCUGACCCUGGCAUCCUCGUGCUCCUGGCCUGUGGCACUAUCUCCAGCACUUGUGGCCAGAUAGCCAGUUACCCCCUGGCCCUGGUCCGGACCCGUAUGCAGGCCCAAGGUGAGGCCUGGGUGGGAGGAUGGGUGGGAAGGUCUCACAAUUUGGGUCCCACCUCCACUUCCCCAGUCUUCCUCCUGGGUAGGUAGAAUCCCAGGCUGGAAUACUCCUGGAUUUGAAUGGCCCGACCAAUUCCCAACCUUUCUCUGGGCCUCAGUGUACCCAUUUGUGACCAUGGAAUGGGAGCCCUUUGCCCUAACUAGGAGAGCGGAUGCAACGAGUGGUGGAAGGGCCCUAGUAAUCUUAGCUGGGAGGUCACCUGGUAGACUUCAGCAUAUUUGGGCUGGUCAUUCGAGAUCUAAUUUGCAAGGCUGGGUUAAUGAGGAAAGGUGAGGAACGAGUUAAGGAGGGGCAGGGCCAGGCUGGUUAUCAUCUUGUGUUUCUCUGUAUUUUUCUUUCAUG